AUUUUGUCCAAGUGGAGUUGCCGUACUACUUUUGCUGCAGCGCGUCUCUGUUCCGUUGUACAUUCUUCUUUAUGAAUUCAUAUUUGAACGCACCCAAGCGUCGACACAAGGGCGUCCAUUUCUUUUCAUCUACUUUUCCGGACAUAAACGCCAUUUAUUAAAUGUUUGUGUCCGGAUAAACUCGUCACGGUGCUCGUUGACGCUUCUCGAGCUAGCUUAGCUUCGCUCGCUAGCCGCUAACGAGGGGGGGCGGGGGGGGAGACACGUGCUAGUUAGCAUUAGCCGAGCUCAAGUGCAAAGUGUUGGCAUCGCCGCGCGAAAAUGUGCGCGAGAACGACAGCAAGGGACGCGGAGAAACUUUGCGGAAUAAAAGAGGAGAAGAAGCGACGACGCCAACUGCUGGACGCGGUUUGCAAGCAGCCUCGAGUUGUGCUACACAGAGCAGAUGUCAGCGAGUAUCUUCGUCCUGAGCAGCAGGAACCAGAGUUCCCCCGCCUCAAAGAAGAGGAGGGGCCACAGCCUCUUCACAUUAAACACGAGGCGCUGGAGCCCACUCAUAUUAAUGAAGGAGGGGUGCCACACAUUAAAGAUGAAGAGCAGGAGCACGAAAUCAAGUUUCCACUGACUGCCGUUGUGAAGAGUGAAGAUGAUGAUGGGGAGCACCGUGGAGGCUCACAAGCGCACGGCCGCUCAGCUCCACUGUCAGAUCCUGAUGACACAACAUCGCACUCUUCUGACUAUGAUGAUGAUGAUGAUGAUGAGCAACACUCUAAAGACGUCAGUGAGUAUCUUCGUCCUGGGCAGCACGAGGCCGAGUUAACCCACGUCAAAGAGGAGGAGGGCCCAGAGCCUCUUCACAUUAAACAAGAGGCGCUGGAGACCACUCAUAUAAAAGAGGAAGAGGAAUCCGAGCCCCCUUACAUUAAAGAAGAAGAGCAGGAGGGCGAAAUCACCAAAUUUCCAUUGACUGGUGUCAAUGUGAAGAGUGAAGAAGAUAAUGGAGAGCACUGUGGAGGAUCACAAGCACGCAACCUCUCAACUCCGCUAUCAGCUUGUGAUGACACAACAUCACACUCUUCUGACUAUGAUGAUGAUGAUGAUGAUGAAGAACAACACCCUAACGGUGAUAAGAAAUGUCACACUCGUAAGAAAUGUCUUAAAUGUUCUCACUGUGACAUAACGUUUUGCAACAAGUCAUUGUUGAAAACCCACAAAAGAUCACAUACUGGAGAAAAAACCUUUGCCUGCUCAGUUUGUGGGAAAAAGUUUUCUCGCAAGUACAAUUUAAGAAUUCACACAAGAAAGCACACGGGAGAAAAACCUUAUGCCUGCUCCGUUUGUGGUAAAAGAUACACAAAAAAGUCACAUUUAACAAGACACGCAAAAACACACACUGGAGAUAAACCAUUUGCUUGCUCCAUAUGUGGUAGAAGAUUCACUCAGAAGGUAGAUUUAACAAGACACACGAGAACACACACCGGCGAGAAACCUUUUCCCUGCUCGGUUUGUGGUAAAAGAUUCUCUCAGAAUAAUUUAAUGCACUUCAGAACACACACAGGAGAAAAACCUUAUGCCUGCUCAGUUUGUGGUAAAAACUUUGCUUCAAAGCCACAUUUAACAAGACACACAAGAUCACACACUGGAGAAAAACCUUAUGCAUGCUCUGUUUGCGGUAGAAGAUUCAGGUAUAAGGGUGAUUUAAAAGGACACACAAGAAGACACUCUAGUGAGAAACCAUUUGCGUGCUCGGUAUGUGGGAAAACGUUUUACAGAAAGUCAGAUUUAAAAACGCACACAAGAACACACACAGGAGAAAAGCCUUUUGCCUGCUCAGUUUGUAGUAAAAGAUUCACUUCCAAGGCAGAUUUAAAAAGACACACAAGAACACACACCGGAGAAAAGCCCUUUGCCUGCUCAGUUUGUGGGAAAACAUUCAAUUUAAAGGCACAUUUAACAAAACACAGCAACACACACGGGGCAGAAAACAUUCAGUUGCGGUGUGUGAGAUAAAACGUUCCCUCGUGUGGGUCGUCAUAUGAGACACAAGUGUGCUGGUGAGGAGAGCAGCAGUCAAUAAAGCAGGGGAUCAGGGAAGGGAAUCGUUAACUCAUUUCCUACUCCCAAAUCACAAUAUAGCAAUUUUUAGAAACAAAUUUAGAUUUUUUUUUUUGGAUGUAUUAAUUUUUUUUUUAAGAUGCUGACUAAACUUGAAGGAAUUCCAAAAGGUAAAAUGUUGAGAGAUGGGAAGUUGUUGAUUAUGUUGUAAAGACAACGCCUGAUGGCCCGGUUGUCAUGACAACCCAUUUUUCUUCUUCUCACGUCUUCCCUCACGACAUCCAUCAACCUUCUCUUUGAUCUUCCUCUCACUCUCUUGCUUGGCAGCUCCAUCCUCAUCAUCCUUCUACCAAUAUACUCACUAUUUCUCCUCUGGACGUGUCCAAACCAUGUCUGCUCUCUCUAACUGUCUCCAAAACAUCGAACCUCUGCUGACCCUCUGAUGAGCUCGUUUCUAAUUUUAUCCAACCUGGUCACUCCGAGAGCGAACCUCAACAUCUUCAUUUCCGCCACCUCCAGCUCUGCUUCCUGUUGUCUCUUCAGUGCCGCUGUCUCUAAUCCGUCCAUCAUGGCUGGCCUCACCACUGUCUUCUAAACUUUGCCCUUCAUCCUAGCAGAGACUCUUCUGUCACAUAACACACCUGACACCUUCCUCCACCCGUUCCAACCUGCUUGGACCUGUUUCUUCACUUCCUGACCACACUCACCGUUGCUCCGGACGGUUGACCCCAAGUAUCUAAAGUCCUCCACCCUUGCUGUCUCUUCUCCCUGUAGCCUCACUCUUCCCCCACCACCAACGCUCAUAUUUGUCUGGCAAAGUUUUAAGACGGAUGCCCUUCCUGACGCAACCCUCUGCAUUUAUCCGGGCUUACAGUUUGCACUGACUUGUGCCCCCCAUAGGGCUGCAUUGGUUGUCAUGGCAACCCCAAGAACUGAUAAACUGUUACAUUCCUGCCUCCUGAACCUCAACCAGCCAGUUUGCUUUCAUACGAGUCAGGAAACCUGGUUUAUAUCAUCUGGCACCAUAAAACUGACUGCAAGUCUCCUCUCACUGGUAUAGCAUGGUUGACGGAUGACUGUUGAACAAUGGAACAUGGUCACCGCUCCUGUGGACAUUAAAAUGACAUUGAAACCCCGCGUUUGUAACAAACCUUCAGCAAUGUUCUAAAUGUAUACCCUGAUGCCUGUGUGAUUGCGUUUUUACAGGUUGGCUUCUGAAUUUGUUCCUUCUGAAUGUGCCGCUGUGUGUGAUUAUCAACCUGUAAAAACUGAUUGUGCCAAGAACACUAGUUUAGCGCCUGCGCGAGAGUUAUAACAAUCGUUUGUUGUUAUAUUUCUUUCCUAAGCGUGGGAGAGUACAAAGUUGGAAGUAUUUUAGAUUGAUACAUGAUUUUUAAACCCAUUUUUAUGAGGCAAAUUGUAGACGAAAUUCUAGGUGAUGGGUGUGGUUUUCUCCAGUUCCCCUGUCCCUUAGACACGCCCCCUGUGUACUUAACCUGUGGCGUCUUCCCUCUCUGGAUUCUUGGGUCUCGGCUCUUUGUUGGUAGCCACGGCAGCCGUACUAGUUACACCCGCAGUUGAGAGCGGGGCCCGCAACAAGUUCAUUAGGCAGGAAAAGUGACACGCGCACCCCAACGGGACAACAACUUUCUUUUUGCAUCUUUUGGGGUUUUUACUUUUUGUGCAUCUUCUUCUUCAAGUAAACCUGCCUCCUUUCCUCCUGAGAUGCUCGGAGACAGAACAUCCCCAGGGCCAACUUUUCUACGGUCGUUAGUAGACCAUUGUAAUCGUUGCCAGAAUGUACAAAAUGAGUGCCUCAUAAUUUUGGGGUAAAAUACCAGCAUCACGGAAGUUCCAACUUUGUACUAGCGCAACACGCUGUAACCUAUUCACGCUCAUUUUUAGUCCAGCAACACACGAUGUCCUAUUUUCUUUACGUAUGCCUAUUUUUUUCUAUUACCAUUGUUAUUUUCUUUUUGUGUUAGAGUCCCUCUGUAUGUUAACCCAUAGUUUUAGAUUUAAUUAAAUUUUCUAUAAAAUUCCA